AUGGACACAUCUGUGGUGUUGCUCUCCAUUAAUUUUGCUUGGGACCCACUGACAUUAAUCAGUGUCAUCUGUGAGACGGUGGACUUGGACCUAUGUGUUGGAGCCGGCUGGACUCAGCAGAGGACUGCAGCUAAAGGCAAUGAUUCUUCUGCUACAAUCCAUCCAAAAACAUUUGAGAAGUCAAGGGGCUCAGUCAUCACCCAGACCUGCUCACCUGUGCAGCAGAACAGAGGGCCCUGGAAGACGGAGAGAGAGGAGACAGAAGCUAAGGAUGCAGGAACACACUCUGCCUGGGAUCACGUGGUCAAGCUGUACUUUUUGUUGCAGGGUCUGCUGACAUUCAGGGACGUAGCAGUGGACUUCUCCCGGGAGGAGUGGGAAUGCCUGGACUGUACUCAGAGGGCUUUGUACAUUGAUGUAAUGUUGGAGAAUUACAGCAACCUGCUGUCUGUGGAGAACUGCUGCAUAUGUAAUCCUGUCCAUCACCAUGUGAAGACUGAAAAGGAAUCUUGUCAGUGUAAUGAGCUUGGCAGAGUCCUUCAUGACCCCUCCACAUGUGCACUUUAUAGAACAAGUGAAACUACAGAAAACGCCAAUAACUACACAUGCAGUAAUCCCAGGGAUGCCUCUCUUGACUCAGCAAACCCAGACAGACAUGAAAGCAGGCACACUGGAGAAGAAGCUUGCCGAUCUAAAGACUGUGAGAAAUCAGUAAAUUUGUGUUCCAACAUUAAUCAAGAUCAGAGAGUCUACGCUGCACAGAAAGAACACAGGCAGGGAGAAUAUGAUGACUGCUUUGACUCUACAUACAGUCAUUUGCAGGAAAAAUUCUCCAUCGGAGAGAAACCACACCAGUGUGGGAAAUGUGGGAAAUACUUCAGUGCUGCCUCAAGCCUGACUGUACAUCGGAGAAUCCAUACUGGAGAGAAACCUUACAAAUGUGGAGAAUGUGACAGAUCCUUUAACCAUCGUUCGAACCUUAGAACACACCAGAGAGUCCACACUGGAGAAAGACCUUACAGUUGUAAGGAAUGUGACAAAUCUUUCACUAUGUACUCAUACCUUGCAGCACAUCAGAUAAUCCAUACUGGAGAGAAACCCUACAAAUGCAAAGACUGUGACAAAUCCUUUAUCCAGCGUUCAAAACUUAGACUGCAUGAGAGAGUCCACACUGGAGAGAAACCUUACAGGUGUAAGGAAUGCGACAAAUCUUUUACUAAGUACUCAUACCUUACAGCACAUCAGAUAAUCCAUACUGGAGAGAAACCCUACAAAUGCAAAGACUGUGACAUGUCCUUUCUCUGGAUUUCUACUCUUAGAAUACACCAGAAAAUUCACACUGGAGAGAAACCUUACAAAUGCAAAGACUGCGACAUGUCCUUUAAUCGGUUUUCAAAUCUUCGAAGACAUCAGAAACUUCACACUGGAGAGAAACCUUACAAAUGUGGAGAAUGUGACAAGUUCUUUACCCACUUGUCAAAUCUCAGAACACACCAGAGAGUUCACACCGGAGAGAGACCUUACAGUUGUAAGGACUGUGACAAAUCCUUUACUCGGUGGUCUAACCUUAGAGCACAUGAGAAAAUCCACACUGGAGAGAAACCCUACAAAUGCAAAGACUGUGACAUGUCUUAUGUCCACCUUUCCAGUCUUAGAAGACAUCAGAGAGUUCACACCGGAGAGAAAAAUACCACUCUCCUAAUGUGA